GUUAGACUUGGAACGUUUAUUUACACACUACACGUGCCUUUAACGACAAACCAUCCUAUUACAAAUCCAUUUCAGCUCCACUGUGUUAUGAAGGUAUCAGUUUCGCACAUUAUGUAACUUUGAUGUAUCGCGACACCGCGUGUCCGCUGUCGGCAAAACAUUGGUUCCCACUGCGCGUGCUCCAGCGAUACAUCCGGCCGGUCCCUAUCAAUCGAUCAGAGAGAGGAAGAUGGCGUUGGAUGGAGUGAGCGGGGUAUGAUCGAUCACCGAAAAACUCGAUUGGGUUCGUUUUUCCCAACUGAGCCAAACACUCCGUAAGACCGCUUGGACCAGCAGUUUCAAGCCCGAGUGAAGACGAGAUAACAAGGAGAGCUUGUCCUUCAGGACGAUGGAGUUCCCGUGGCACAGUGGGAAAGUUCUGGAGCAGCUUAACCGGCAGCGCAAGCAGGGCCUGCUGUGUGACUGCACCUUUGUCGUGGACGGUGUGGACUUCAAGGCCCACAAGGCUGUGCUGGCUGCAUGCAGCGUGUACUUCCGCACCCUCUUCCUGGACCAGAAGGAUGUGGUACAUCUGGACAUUAGCAAUGCAGCAGGCUUGGGUCAAGUCCUGGAUUUUAUGUACACUGCAAAGCUGAGUUUAAGUCUGCAGAAUGUAGAAGACGUGCUGUCGGUAGCUCACUUUUUACAGAUGCAAGAAAUCGUGAAUGCUUGUUCUGCGUACCAGUCGAUGUCAAAUCCAGCCCCGUCCGUCAUAACACUGGAUUUUGCUGUUGAUGAAAAAACAGGUGAAGGAGAGCAGAAAGAGGAAACUGACAGUCAGCUGUCAGAUUUGGCAUCACAAGCCGAGGAGUGCCCUCGUAGCAUUCCCACAGAGGAUAAAGAGGCCAUUCAAAGUCAGGACAUUUUAGAGGAAGAGCUUUCUGCCGAAACACAGAAGCCUGUUUCUCAGCCGAAACCCACUAGAACCCACACAGGCCGCGGACGACCACCAAAAACAUCCCCCCUUCUGACUCAAAAGAAGACGUCUGUCAAGAACGAGGAAGAAAGUGGUGCAUUAGACGGACCCGCCUUCCAGGACGACCCCGCUGAUGCCGACUACACACCGAAAUCACCAUUAAAAUCUGGCAGUUCGCCUUAUAUGAGCUCCCGCGGGAGGAGAAUCAGAAAACCACCUCGACGAAACUUCCCACCUGACAAUGACUCAGAGGAUGAAGGCCCAUCACAGGCAAAAACUGACAAUAAGGUGGCAGAGCCAGCAGGGGUGGCUGAAGGGCAGGAAGAACACUCUUUGGAGGCCGGCGAUGUGGAGGCUGAUGAUAAUGAUGAUAACGGGGAUGGAGAGGAGGAUGACGAGAUAAGUCAGCAAAUGGAAGGAGACAGCUCAAGCAGCGAGAGAGACGGAAGACAAGCUCAGUCAGCGUGCAUGAGCAGCCGAUCUGAAUCAAAGCCUUACAGCUCCGUGACACACAAAUGUGAGGACUGCGGGAAGAAAUUCACCCACACGGGCAAUUUCAAGAGGCACAUGCGUAUUCACACUGGAGAGAAGCCCUUCAGCUGCCGGGACUGCAACAAGGCUUUCUCUGACCCUGCAGCUUGUAAAGCCCAUGAGAAAACACACAGCCCCCUGAAGCCGUACUGCUGCUCUACUUGCGGAAAGAGCUACCGUCAGAUCAGUCUGCUCAACCUGCAUCGCAAACGUCACACAGGAGAAGCGCGGUACAGCUGUGAAGUUUGUGGCAAGCUUUUCACCACUUCGGGCAAUCUGAAGCGCCACCAGCUGGUGCACAGCGGCGAGAAGCCAUACCACUGCGACUACUGCGAGAAGGCUUUCUCUGACCCCACGGCCAAGAUGCGACAUCUGGAGACGCACGACACAGAGAAGGGCAACAAGUGUCCGCACUGCGACAAACGCUUCAACCAGGUUGGGAAUCUAAAAGCUCAUUUAAAAAUCCACAUCACAGACGGGCCUCUCAAGUGCAAAGAAUGUGGCAAGCAGUUUACCACUUCAGGGAAUCUGAAGAGGCACCUGCGGGUUCACAGCGGGGAGAAGCCGUACGUCUGCGGGCACUGCCAGAGAGCUUUCAGUGAUCCCGGAGCUCUGCAGCGGCAUGAGCGCAUCCAUACAGGAGAGAAGCCCUGUGUCUGUAUUAUCUGUGGUAAAGCUUUCACUCAGGCCAGCUCCCUCAUCGCUCAUGUCCGCCAGCACACGGGAGAGAAGCCCUACGUCUGCGAUCGCUGUGGUAAAAGGUUUGUGCAGUCUAGUCAACUGGCCAAUCACAUUCGCCAUCACGACAACGUCCGCCCGCACAAGUGUCAGAUGUGCAACAAGGCAUUUGUUAAUGUGGGAGACCUGUCGAAGCACAUCAUCAUUCACACAGGAGAGAAGCCUUUCCUGUGCGAUAAAUGUGGUCGGGGGUUCAAUCGCGUGGACAAUCUGCGCUCUCACGUCAAGACUGUGCACCAAGGCAAGGCUGGCAUGAAGCGGCUGGUGGUGUCAGAGGGAAGCGCAGACGAGGGGGCUGAUGGAGGAGCGGGGGCAUGCACCUCUGACGGCGAGAUCAACAUCGUCACCGUCACCACGGAGGACAUCGUCACACUGGCGACAGAGGCCCUGGCGGCCAGUGCUGUAGCUCAGCUGACAGUAGUUCCAGUGGCUGCUUCGGUUUCUGCAGAUGAGACUGAAGCUCUGAAAGCUGAAAUAACCAAGGCCGUGGAGAAAGUGCAAGAAGCAGAUCCCAACACGCAGAUUUUGUAUGCUUGUGAUUCGUGCGGUGAUAAAUUCUUGGAUGCCAGCUCCUUAGCUCAGCACGUACGCAUCCACACAGCUCAAGCCCUGGUCAUGUUUCAGGCAGAUUCCGACUUCUACCAGUACACCGCAGCCACCACUGCCGAGGGGGAUUCCACUGCAACAUGGCAACCCACACCCGAACAGGUCAUCCACGAAGGAGAGCUAAUCUUCCGUGCUCAGGAUGGAGAGGGAGAAACAGAGGACGGGAUGAUUGGAGAGGCGCAAGAACAAGAAGAAUCAGAACAGGCAGUUCAGGAGAAGGUGGAGGAUGGACAGGUGGAGACCACCACUGAGAUCAAAACAUAUGAAAAAGAUGUAGAGGAGGACAAGGAGCAGGAGAUGGAGUGUGAGAGUCAGUCGUAGUGGGGCAGAUUUGUUAAAGUGUGUGUCAUUUUGCUUGUAAAUGAAAUGAGAUUUAUACAGUAUAAGGAAAAGUAAGAAAUGAAGUGUUUAUGAGUUUUGUUAAAUAUGAACUGGAUUCAUAACAGACACUGUUCCUGAAAAAAAUUCUUUCCAGAUUUGUGAUCAAUAGUCAUGUCCUGUUUUCAGCAAACAAGGUGAGAUCUAGUAGUUUUUGUAAACGUUGAGAGGUGGUUAUGCUACUUUGUGUAGUUUAUUUUUAGACUUCAGUGUAGGACUGUGCUUUGUCCAUUAUGUAAAACAUUUAAAGUCUGUCUUAUCCAGUAUAACUUAAAGAAAAGAAUUCUAUGUGAUAUUUUUCCCAUUUUUAUGAUGAAAUAAUAAUAUAAUCAUUUUCUUUAAACAUCCAAAAUAUUUUUCUUGUACUUAAAGUAUUUUCAUGCAGAGAAUGUUAUUCAAAGGCUAUCUACAUGAACAUAUAUGAGUACUAAACUGAAGUAAAGGACAGUUGAUGCCUUUUUUACAGAAGCAAGGUGUUGUAAAUCUUGUGUUUGGAUAAUAUUUGUAUAUUUGUCCUGUGACCUCUGAAAAAUUUAGAAUUGUGUACAGUGAUGACAAACUGACAAAUGUCACAAGAGAUUUUUCUGUCACUAUUGAUUUUUGUGUCAUUAAUUUAUCUGCAGAAUGCUCGGAUAAAACCCCUAAUACUGCUUAUACUGGAAGAUGCCAUCAACUCAAUAAAGAAUUGCCACUG